AUGGCAAGCAUUUGGCCGCUAUCGCACCUGGUAGUAAGCGAUGAUGUGACCAACGAUGAAGCGUACCUACCCAUAAGCAACCUUCUAACUCAGGCCUUGAAGACACCCAGAUACCACUUACAUACGGUGAAGGAAAACAUCGCGAAGAAACCUGGACUUAAGUUUGAAAACGCCAAUCCGCCUUCAAGCGUGGUGAUUAAUGCUCAAACCUUCACCGUGUGCACAGAGAUCUUUGCGCAGCACUUUUAA